AUCCUCUCGAAUAAUUUCACAAUCAUCUUUUCUUUCUUCUUUUUCUUCCUCAUCAGCCAUUAUUAUUAUAAUCCAAGCUCUGUUUCUUUUAAAACUCUGUUCAUAAUAAAAAGAGGAGGCCCUAAAUUUGGAUUCUAAUUUUGGACGACAAAACAAUUGUUUUUGUCCAAAAACAAAUUUAUGAACCCUUAGUGUAAUAACAAUCAUCAUCGUCAGUUAAAAAAAAAAAAAACAAUCAUCAUCGUCAUCGUUAUCGUUAAUGGCGGUGGAAACAAUGUCCAUGGGAACAGAUCAUUCAUCAGCGUUGAUUCUAACGUCGGGAGCAAGCGGUCGGGUUAGGGCUCUCUUCUCCAUGAGAGAGCUCAAGCGCCUCUUUACCAUCAUCCACUCGCUCAUUCUCUUCCUCCUCCUCCCGUUUCGCUUCGUCCUUUGGCAGGGGAAGAUGGGAGCGGUGGUGAUCAGAGACGAGAAACAGGAGAGGAAGGUGCGAGCCGCGCCGCAGAUCUUGGUCAAGAAAAGGAACAUGAUCAGCGUCUCGCCUCCGUCGGUUCCAGCUGCGGUGGUUGAUGAGGAGGUUGCCGUUAGAAGGGAGCUUGCGAUAAGGCGAGUUUUGGAAGAUGAAGGCGGGGAUGGAAGCUACGUCAGAGAUUAUUCGCUUUUCACGACGAAGAGAGGCGACACGUUGUUUACUCAGUCAUGGUCACCUCUUUCCCUUAAUCACAGGGGACUUGUUGUUCUGCUACAUGGCUUAAAUGAGCAUAGUGGAAGGUAUAAUGAUUUUGCAAAGCAGCUAAAUGCUAAUGGGUUCAAGGUCUAUGGAAUCGAUUGGAUCGGUCAUGGUGGAAGUGAUGGACUUCAUGCUUAUGUUCCUUCCCUUGAUUACGCUGUUGACGAUUUGAAAUCAUUUCUUGACAAGGUUCUCACAGAGAAUCCAGGACUCCCCUGUUUCUGCAUUGGACACUCAACAGGAGGAGCCAUCAUCCUCAAGGCUAUGCUGGAUCCAAAGAUCGAGUCUCGAGUUUCAGGCAUUGCAUUGACUUCACCAGCUGUUGGAGUCCAACCAUCUCAUCCAAUCUUCACAGUUCUUGCUCCAAUCGUUGCGUUCUUGUUGCCAAGGUACCAACUCAGUGCAGCAAACAAGGAAGGAGUGCAGGUUUCUCGUGAUCCACAAGCUCUUAUCACCAAAUACUCUGACCCUUUAGUCUUCACCGGAUCCAUCCGGGUUAGAACCGGCUACGAGAUCCUUAGAAUCGCUUCUCAUUUGCAGCAAAAUUUAAACAAAGUGAAAGUUCCUUUUCUUGUGAUGCACGGUACAGCAGAUACCGUGACUGAUCCUAAUGCCUCUAACAGGCUCUACGAGGAAGCUUCUUCGUCAGAUAAAUCAAUGAAGCUCUUCGAGGGGUUGUUGCACGAUCUCCUCUUCGAGCCUGAGCGAGAAGUCAUCGCUGGAGUCAUUUUAGAUUGGUUAAACCAAAGGGUUUAAGCUUCUUCCAUACCAGCAAUUACUAUCACGCCUGAUCAAGAACCUCUUGGUUCAGACAAACAGAAUAAUAUAUUUUCGUGGAAAUUUCUGAGUAACAUGACUGAGAAUCAUGAGGAAGAAAGGAGUUUUUGGUUGAUUUAACAACUUCUUAAGAUAGCGAAAAGACAAGACUCAAGAAACUGAACUCUCUUUCUAUUAUUCGUUGGUUUCUCAGAACAUUUUGACCACGGUAAUAUUGUAAUAAAUCAAUAAUGAUUUUGUAACUUCGAGGAUUAUGCUA